AUGGAUCAGAGUCUGGACCAAUUCGUUCAAGCUAUUCUGAUUGCGUACGAUCCAUUGCAAAGCGCACUGCACAACCAAGCCCUCGAAUACUUGUCUGCAAUCCAGCGGGAUCCAUCUGCCUGGCGUCUGGCGCUUGCUAUCUUCGUAGAAGCGGGUCAAAAUGGGGGACGAAAACACCCAGCUCAAGUACGGUUUUUCGCUUUGCGUGUACUAGAUGAGUUCUUGGACAGGCGAUCUGAGCCACUAGAAGAAGAGACCUUUCAAACAUUACAACAGGCUCUGCUGGGCUACAUCCAGUCGGAAUAUCUCUUCGGCCCUGCCGAGUCAGAAGCCUCGUUCUUGCGAAACAAGUUUGCGCAUACCCUCACCCUCUUCUUCCUCUGCACCUACAUCGACAAAUGGCCGACGUUCUUCACCGACUUCUUCGGCCUUAUCCAUCCACCUGAGUCCACCUCUUCCACAACCUUCAACCCCCAUGUCUCUCUCCUCCUCUUCCACGUCGUCCUCGAGAUCUCCGGAGAGGUCGCGGACCAAAUCCUCAAGUCAGCUCGGAAUUUCGACGCAGCCCGGCACGCACGCGACAUCAACGUGCGCGACGCCGUGCGGGAACGAGACGCCCCGCGCAUCAACGAAGCCGUCCUCACCAUCGUCGCGGACGGUGUCGAGCGUAUGGGCCAGUUCCGAAAAGACACGACAGGCUCCUCGGCAUCUGAACGGGAACUUGAUCAGGCGGUGGAGGUCGUCGACUGGGGCAUCCGCACCUUCGCCUCCUACGUCGGCUGGAUUGAUAUCAACCUCACCGUCACGCGCGACACCGUCUCCCUCCUCUUCACGCUCCUUUCGGAUUCCUCGCUCGCGAUCCGGCUAGCCACGGCGCUCGCGCUCACUCGGAUCGUCGCGAAAGGCCUGAAAGAGCCUAUGGACAAGCUGCAGCUCAUCAAAGUUCUCUCACUGGGACAGGUACUAGAAGCCUUGGAGGAACGAACGCGCAAUGAACAGGUCGCUCGGGGUGAGGACACGGAUGAGGGUGAGGAGAGCUAUCGAGAGGCGCUCGGUAAGCUGCUCAACGUGCUGGGUCUGGAGAUCUGCAAGUUGACCGAUGAGUGCCCCGACGAGAACGUCCGAAGCGAGGCCACCCAGCUUCUAGAGCAGAUCCUCCCCGUCAUGCUGCAUUUCCUUGCGGAUCAGUAUGACGACACAUGCUCUACGGUGUUCAGCUUCUUGUCGACCGUGCUGUACAGCUACAAAAAGCAGCGGAAAUCCGCAACAGACCCACUCGAACCUUCAAAACGCUCUUUUCUGUCGUCUUUGCUGACUGUCAUUCUGGAGAAAUUGAAGUGGGAUGAAGAGUCGGAACCGGACGAUAUGGACGAAGAUGACCAAGCUGCAUUCGAGGAGCUGCGCAAAGAAUUGCGAGUGUUCAUGGACUCUGCGUUAGUGAUCGACCCCAACCUCGUUACCGAUUCAGUGCGAACACUCGCCCUCAACACCUUAACGGCGUACCAGAAUGGAGUGUCCCUCAAGUGGAAUGAUGCCGAACUCGCCAUAUAUCUCGUCUAUAUCUUCGGAGAGAUGAACAAGAGCGGCGGAAAGGGCCGUGCGGCGUUCUGCCAAGCUCCAGCUGUUGACAAGGACAAGCGAAAAGAGACAGAUUAUUCCGGGUACCCUCUCACUAGUCACGGGGAGAUGAUCUACACCCUCGUCCAGUCUGGCAUCUCAGAAUAUCCUCACAAGACCGUAGCCAUGCAGUUCUUUGAGACCAUUGCGCGCUACGGCGACUUCUUCAAGGUCCGAAAAGAGUGCAUCAUGCCCGCUCUACAGGCCGUGGUCGGUCCACGAGGACUGCACAGCCCGGAUUCAAGUACACGCUCACGAUUGUACUAUCUAUUUUGCAAGUUCAUCAAGGAAUGCAGGAAUGAGGUCACCCCGGAGCUUGCUGUUCAACUUCUCGAAGGCAUUCGUGAUCUCCUUGUUAUUCAAGUGGAGUUACCGGAACUAGAGAACCCCGAACCACAAGACGUACUCACAGAAGCCGUGGCCGCAUCCACCGCCUUUGACUCGCAGCUCUAUUUAUUCGAAUCCGUUGGAACACUUAUCUCCCUCCUAUACAAAGCCCCCGACCAGGCUUCGUCGUUGCUGCUGUCAACAAUUCGUCCGCUUCUGGACGACCUGUCCGGCAGUUUGCAGGCGGUCAAAGGUCCAGACGAUGUCAUGCCUAUCCUCAGGGUCCACCAUGUCAUUAUGGCUCUGGGAAACGUCGCAAAGGGCUUUCCUGAGUACCCCAGUCCAGUCCCGGAGGGAUACCAUGCUCCACCACUAGAGGUCUUUCGGGAAAUUGGCCAGGCGAUCUUGGUUUGCUUGGAAGCCAUGAACGUUUUUAGGGUUGUGCGCGAUGCGACUCGUUUUGCCUUCGCUCGUUUACUAGGAACCACAGGGUCGAACAUUGCACAGCUCAUCCCUCCGCUCAUGGCCAACCUCCUCGCACACUUCGAACCCACCGAGUUGAUCGACUUCAUGAAUUUCAUCAGUCUGACCAUUCACAAACUGCAAGGCGACUUCCUCGACGUACUUGAUCAACUCGUUGGACCGCUCAGCAGCCACAUCAAUGGGAUCCUUGCGCAACCUGUCACCGGUACCGACGAUCAGGUCGUCCAUAUGGACACCAAGAAGACCUACCUAUCACUCCUGACUACCAUCGUCGGCUCGAAACUACACACCGUGUUCAUCUCUGAGAGGAACAAGGGUCAACUUGAGAUCCUGCUUGGGAGCAUGCUUAGUCUGGCCGAAGAUCCUUCAGACCCUUCCAGCGAAAAAGCCGCCUUCUCGUUCUUCGGGCGUGCCGUAUCAGCGUGGGCAGACCCCUCCACUGCUGGUGGUGGGCAGCAAGUGUUUCCCGGUUUCGAGCGGUUCGUCUACGAGCGGGUGGUGCCCACUGCUUUCGCCAUCUUGUCUCUGCCUCAGUUUAACAUCAAGGACGGGCAGAUCGUCGUCGUCUUGCAUGAAAUCGCCAACCUCAUGCAGACAAUCUCGAAAGCUCGGAAACAAGAAGCCUUCGACUUCUUCGUGAACGUCUUCCUACCUUCCCAGAACUGGCCACAGCCCACCGCUAUGGAGUUCGCCACCAAGAUGCGCGAUCUGGACCCCAAGGCCUUCCGAAAAUACUUCACGGAUUUUGUCCGCGCCUCUCGUGCGGGUUCAUAG